GAGCUAAGUGCUUCAGCAAGACUUUCAGCCAACAGAAGAAAACUAUUUGUUUGAAUGCCCAUAUAGUAGGAAAAUGGCAACCAGUGCGAGAGUGGGAGAAGGAAUCACUCUGAUCAAACCGUGUUCUGACGACAUUAACAAACUAACAGAAUCAGCUCCAGGAAUCCAGGACGACAGCAAUAGGCAUGGAGGCAGACGCACUGACAGACGGAGGAGAAAGUGGAGAUUACGUGGUAUUGGUUCCAGUAGCCUCUUACUCAUCCUAACCUGGGGAUUCAUCAUCUCGUGUUCAAUAAACUUCACA